UGACAUUUCGCCGGCAGGUAAAGAAGAAAAAAUAACGCAUUCCCGUACGCACAGCAACACCGUCCGUUCGUUUCUCGUUCGAAAUUUAGUUCAUUCCCGAUUAUGGCUAUAAAUCCACAAUACGAGGAGAUAGGCAAAGGUUUCGUGACCCAGUAUUACGCACUAUUCGAUGACUCGACCCAACGGCCCAGCCUGGUGAACCUAUACAAUGCGGAGCUAUCGUUCAUGACGUUCGAAGGGCAACAGAUACAGGGCGCUGCCAAGAUACUGGAGAAGCUGCAAAGCCUCACGUUUCAAAACAUCAAACGGGUACUUACGGCCGUCGACUCCCAGCCAAUGUUUGACGGUGGUGUACUGAUCAACGUGCUUGGCCGGUUGCAGUGUGACGAGGAUCCACCGCACGCCUACUCCCAGACGUUCGUGCUGAAGCCGCUGGGUGGUACGUUUUUCUGUGCGCACGACAUUUUCCGGCUCAACAUCCACAAUUCGGCCUAGAGUGAGCGGCAGACCGCGUGUCCAGCGUGUCGUUCCAGCAACACCAAAUGUUGAUGUACACUUUUCUGAAUAAACAUAUGGAUUACUUUUAAAAGAA